AUGAAACAUAAACCAGACAUUAAUGCCCAGACAUAUGUUGGAGGUAAUGCUUUAUAUUUCAGUGCACAUUUUGAACACAUUGAGAUAACACAGUUACUCUUAGAGAAGAAUGCUGACUCUAAUAUCUGUAUCUAUAGUAAACAGUAUAUAGCAGAAAUGAUGAAAAAUCAUCCAACUGGAACUUUAGAAAAAUUAGAACAAAACUUAUUCGAUACCCUUGUAAAUAGUACAUCAUCACGUGUAACAGAAUACGUCAGUAAGAAGUCAGUGAAUUAUGCAUUUGAUGUAGUAGCAGGUUCCUCUCCAUUACACAUAGCCUGUUUUAUCGGUAGGACAGAUAUAGUCCGUUCCCUUAUAGACUAUAAAUCUAACAUAAAUAUGAAAAAAGAAGAUGGAACAACACCAUUAUUUUAUGCAUGUGAAGUAGGACAUAAGGAUAUUGUACUUUUAUUGUUAGAUAAAGGAGCAGACACACAAAUUUGUAGAAUAGAUGAUAAAACCCCUUUAGAGAUUGCAACAGAAAAUAAACAUACAUCUAUAGUUGUGCUUGUAACAGAACACAUGCAUAAGACAACACCACGUCUUUAA